AUGAUGCGCGGUAAACGUUUCACUCGACCGCAGGCCACAACACACUCCAUCUUCGCCAUCACCACCUACCAAUCUGCACGGUUCUCAUCCGGCCUGUACGUGAAUCUAUUUAUGAAACGCAGAGCAGCCGGACAAAUCGUACGCGACUGGAUUCGCGGUCCAACUCUGUCAAUGUACGAAAGUCUCCAUACUGUGUUCGCCACAGUCUCCAGUUGUCAGCCAAUCGCCCCGUCUCCUCCAUAG